GGCGAGCCUUGCCCAAGUCAUCUGGACUUGAGCCCCUAAUCGACGCUCGCCCCGCGCCUUGCUGCGAAGCAUCACCAAUCCACAAUUUCUUCUCCCGUUCAACAUCCUCGAUUUUUUGCCCAACAUGGCUGACGCUUUCGCACCGCGCACGAUGAAGCGCAAGAACGUCAAGGGCCUUGCUCUGACACCGGCAGCGCCACGAGCUCCGGCGGCGGCCGAUACUGGUAGACGUGGUUCAGAAAUUAGCAAAGACGAUGCCGGCAAGGAAGAGCAGCUGGAAAUUGGCAUCGAAUACAAGCUCGAUCUGAGACCAGAGGAACUUGAGGUCAUAAAAGAACUCGGAUCUGGCAAUGGCGGUACUGUUAGCAAAGUCAGACAUCUGACGACGGGGACCGUCAUGGCUCGCAAGAUCAUCCACGUCGAGGCCAAGAAGGAAAUGCGAAGGCGAAUUGUUCGAGAGCUUCAGAUUAUGCACGGAUGCCACUCCGACUACAUUGUCACAUUUUAUGGCGCCUUUUUGAAUCACAAUAAUGAUGUCAUUAUGUGUAUGGAGUAUAUGGAUGUUGGUGCGCUGGACAGAGUUUCGAGAGUCUUUGGCCCAAUCCGUGUGGAUGUACUGGGCAAGAUUGCAGAGGCAACUUUGGGCGGCCUGACCUAUCUCUACAUAAAACACCAUAUCAUGCACCGCGAUAUCAAGCCGUCAAAUAUUCUCAUCAACUCUCGCGGUUCCAUCAAGCUGUGCGAUUUUGGAGUGUCUGGAGAGCUGGUCAACUCCAUUGCCGAUACCUUUGUCGGCACAUCCACGUACAUGGCCCCUGAGCGAAUUCAAGGCGAGAAGUACACAGUCAAGUCUGACGUCUGGAGUUUUGGCUUGACCAUUAUGGAGCUUGCCAUUGGCAAAUUCCCCUUUGCAAGCGAGCACAUUGACGAUCCUGACGCGGGCCCGGCUGGAAUCUUGGAUCUGCUGCAGCAGAUUGUCAACGAGCCCGCCCCGAAGCUUCCCAAGAGCGACGCAUUCCCCAGCAUCCUGGAAGACAUGGUCCAGAAGUGUCUGUUCAAGGAGCCAGAGAAACGGCCUACCCCGCAAGAAUUAUAUGAGCGAGAUCCUUUUGUGCAAGCAGCCAAGAGAACGCCAGUAGACCUUAAGGAGUGGGCUGUUGGCCUCAUGGAGAGGGACAAUCGCAAGUCUCAUCUUGUACCCCAGCUUUCGCCCAGCGGCACCCACGAACUGCUCCGAUCUAGCGACUCAUCGCCGCAGUCGCGGAAUGAAGAGCUGCCGCUCGACACCCCCCAAUUCGGAGACAUUCCGAUUGCUGGAGCCGGAAUCCUCUCACCAAGAGAUCAACUACCUAUGCAAAAUCGAUCACCAUCGCGAAAUGGUGCUGGCGCGAGCCGGCCCGCCCAUCCAAGCCUCGGACAACGGGCCGCCACAAACUCGGCGUCUGGCUACUCAGAUGGUUCCCAUCACUCUUCCUCCAACACCUUUAACCUUCCAGUCCGACCAGCGCCACCAACAAGCGCCUUUGCGCAAGGAGCACAGCAAAAAUCGGUGUCAGAUGAGGCGCGAGGUCAGAGCCGGAGGCAAGUCAAAACCUACGGGCUGCCCCCGAACCCUUCAUACGGCGUAUAGGAUCCGCCGCCACCAUACUACUGACCCUCUGACCUACUUGUAUCUACAUCCUCUUCAUCAACUCUCUGCCUUAGCAUCAUCUCGGCGCAAUUUCUUUUUUGAUGGACAUGCCUCUUUUCCCCACAUCUCGUCUGAUUAGGGACGCCAAACAAGAAAUGAUGGCCAAAGAGGAAAAUCUCUGGAACGACUCUCUGAAAUGGGCUGUGAAACAACUAUAAGUUGCACAUGAAAAGAAAAACAAUUUUUGGUACACUUUAACGCAAUGAAACCGCUUGGAUUGUGUUUUAUGUUCUAGUGUGAUGUAUAUGUAGCAAACGCUGAGCGUUUGAAUCUAGCAACUAAACAAAGCUGGGCGAAAAUGAGAUGAGACGAAAGAAAUAAAAAGUUGGCUUUUGCAAUUGAGCAUUAGUUGAGUUUUGU